GUCUGCUGGUCAGUGCUCCACGUGCUUUCAUCGUGGAGUGAUUGAAACCUCAUUUCUCUGACGAAAACCGUAAAAUGUUGAUUGAACCGGUGCUGUCGAACCUCUCUCCGGACUAUGGAAAGCCCCCAGAGCGUCAGAACCCACUGCUCGGACGCCUGGGAGAGCCUCACCUGGACUCCUUCAACUACAUGUUGGAGCAAGGUCUCACAGACUGCUUAAAGGACAUUGUUCCUGUGCACAUCCUCCUCGCGAACAACGACAAAGUGUUGCUGUGGAUCGAGGAUGCGACGAUAUAUCAGCCGGCAAUUCCCACAGCGACAGUAGGUGCCAAGAGUCACAGGAUAUUUCCCACAGAAUGCAGACAGAGAGGAGCCACAUACAAGGGUAAACUGAUGAUCAAACUGGGAUGGUCGGUAAACGGCAGACAACAAGAGAGCCUCGACAAAGAGCUCGGAGACAUUCCAGUAAUGGUGAGAUCUCGUCGCUGUCACUUGAAAAACCUCACCCCUGCGCAGCUAGUGUCGAGGGGUGAGCAUGAGCAGGAGUGGGGUGGCUACUUCAUCAUCAAGGGCCACGAGAGGCUCAUAAGAAUGCUCCUGAUGACUCGGCGAAACUACCCCAUUGCCAUCAGGAGAUCCGGCUGGAAGGGGAGGGGAGCUCUCUUCAGCGACCUCGGCCUCCUCCUGAGGAGUGUACGAGACGACAACACAGCCACCAACAACACUCUCCACUACGUCACCGACGGCACAGCCAAGCUCAUGUUCACACACAAGAAAAUCCUCUACUACGUUCCCAUCAUCCUCAUGCUCAAGUCUCUGAUCGAUGUGUCUGAUAAAUUCAUCUACGAUGCACUCAUCGCAGGCUGCGAAGACAAUUUAUAUUACAAAGGAUGUAUCUUGAAUAUGCUGAGGGCAGUUCAUGGAGAGAAUCUCCACUCGCACGACCAGUGCAAACGUUACAUUGGGAAGAUGUUCAGGGUGAGACUCCUGGAGGUGCCAGCGGACACCUCUGACACUGGGGUCUGCGACUUCAUCAUCCAGAGGUGUGUGGUGAUACACCUGGACGAUCCCAGGGACAAAUUCAAUCUGCUGAUUUACAUGACGAAAAAAUUGUUCUCCCUGGCCAACGAUAAAUGCGCUGUUGAGGGGGCUGACGCUGUCAUGAUGCAGGAGUGCCUUCUAGGGGGCCACUUGUACCUCCAGGUCCUCAAGGAGAAGUUGCAGACGUGGCUGAGUAUCCUGAGAAUGUCAAUUCUCAAAAGAGCUAAGACAGUGGGCAAUAAUUUUUACAUCACUCCCCAGGAGAUGCUGACAGCCAUGAAGUACACGGGGACUAUUGAGAGCUCGAUGGAGAAUUUUUUGUCGACUGGGAACAUCAAAUCGCAGACUGGGCUUGGAUUGAUGCAGCACUCGGGGCUGACUAUUGUCGCUGAGAACAUCAACAGGAUGAGGUAUAUGAGCCACUUCAGGGCCAUUCACAGGGGCUCGUUUUUCCAGGAGAUGAGGACCACUGAGGCCAGGCAACUGCUGCCUGACGCCUGGGGCUUCAUCUGUCCUGUUCACACGCCUGACGGCUCCCCCUGCGGUCUCCUCAAUCACUUGACGAUGAACUGUGUGGUUACCAAGCACCCGGAGGAGGCACUGAGGGCUGGCAUUCCCACUGUUCUACUGGAUUUGGGGAUGACUCCCCUGUCAAUCGCUGAUGACUUCACCAAUUCCUACACUGUAUUGGUGGAUGGGAAUGUAGUAGGCCUAAUCGAGGAUGCUAUUGUCACGAAGGUGGUGGAUAAACUCAGACUCCUGAAGAUUGAUGGGGAGAAGGUGCCCAAUACCAUGGAGAUUGUCCUCGUACCCAAGGGCAACGUGCCCUCCCAGUACCCAGGGCUCUUCGUAUUCACUGGGCCAGCGAGGAUGAUGAGACCAGUGAUCAAUCUGGCGGCCAACAAAGUCGAGCUCAUUGGGACCUUCGAGCAGGUCUAUCUGGAGAUCUGCACUGUACCCGAAGAGCAGAAUCCACUUACGACACAUCAGGAGCCUGGGAAAACUGCAUUCAUGAGUAAUUUGGCGUGUCUCAUACCCAUGCCAGAUUGCAAUCAGAGUCCGAGGAAUAUGUACCAGUGUCAGAUGGGCAAGCAGACGAUGGGAACCCCAUGCCACACCUGGCACAUCCAGGCGGAGACGAAAUUGUACAGGCUCCAGACACCUGCGACCCCAUUAUUCAGGCCAGUUCAUCACGACAACAUAAAUCUCGAUGACUUCGCGAUGGGAACCAAUGCCAUUGUAGCUGUUAUUUCAUACACUGGGUAUGACAUGGAGGACGCUAUGAUCAUCAAUAAGUCGGCUUACGAGCGGGGAUUCGCACACGGGAUGAUCUACAAAUCAGAAUUUGUUAAUUUGCCUGAUACCACUAGUUACUUUGCUAGGCAGCCUGAGCAGGCUAAUUUGUGCGAGAAGCUCGAUGCAGACGGUCUGCCCAAUGCUGGGUGUAGGCUCCAGACUGGGGAUCCCUACUACUGCUUCUACGAUGGACAGCAGGGGAAGCACGUGGUUGGGAGGUACAAGGGGAAGGAGGAGGUGGUCGUUGAUAAUGUGCGAUUGUGUGGGACGACGCAGACUCGUGGGGCCAGGAGGGCUUGCAUCACCUUCAGAGUCCCCAGGAAUCCACAGGUGGGGGAUAAAUUCGCCUCUCGGGCCGGGCAGAAGGGCAUAUGCUCGCAGAAAUGGGCCACUGAGGAUCUGCCCUUCACGGAGUCUGGGCUCAUUCCUGAUAUCGUUUUUAAUCCUCAUGGGUUUCCCAGCAGAAUGACCAUUGCCAUGAUGAUUGAAGUGAUGGCGGGGAAGUCGGGGGCUGUUCAUGGACUGGUGCACGAUGCCACACCCUUCAGGUUCAAUGAGGACGACACUGCUGUCGAGUAUUUUGGAAAAUUACUGGAGCUCGGGGGGUACAAUUAUUAUGGGACUGAGAGGAUGUACAAUGGGAUCGAUGGGCGGGAGAUGAGUUGUGAGAUAUUCUUUGGGGUCGUGCAUUAUCAGAGACUCCGGCACAUGGUCUCGGAUAAGUGGCAGGUGAGGAGCACUGGGGCCAUUGAUGUGAGGACCAGGCAGCCCAUCAAGGGGAGGAGGCGAGGGGGUGGCGUCAGGUUUGGAGAGAUGGAGAGGGACUCGCUGAUAUCACAUGGGUGCGCUUAUCUCCUUCAGGAUCGACUGUUUCAUUGCUCCGAUAAAACGUCGGCGAUCAUAUGUCGCAGGUGUGGGACCCUAGUGGGACCUGUGGUGGAACUCGUGAGGAGCAGCAAGUCGACGGUGGGGAGCAGGAAACGGUGCAGUCUUUGUAGGGAUGAUCAGGCUCUCGGGGAGAUCGAUGUUCCGUAUAUUUUCAAGUAUCUGGUCAGUCAGCUUGUGUCGUGUAAUAUUAAUAUCAAGAUGACUUUCGAUGAGGUGUGAGGAAUUAAUGGAGAUUAAACGGUUUUUUAAGAGAGGCAUUAAUAAAGGAAUACUUUGGAGGCGA